UUCAUAGCAGCAGCACUGUGUCUCCAAAGCGAAGCUGUUCAACGAACCGCAAAUAAAGCAGCAUUACGCACCACGAUGUGACGGAAGAGGAGCGACUCUGCUCGUGGAGAGUUGGAUACAAAACUCUUUGAUAUUGUCGGGACCCUGUGUGCUCAUCAGGAGAAAUCGAAGAACCUAUGUUAUGGGGUUGCUGUUUGAGGAGAUGCAUGUGUGCAGGUACUGCGCCUUAUGUGGGCUACACUCUGUUCGUGCUGACCAGGAGCGUUACGCACAACAUAUCACCAUGCAUUAGUGAAAGGCAGAUCAGCACAGCCAGUCUUAGCUGUUUUGGAAUGGAAAACGGUGGCAAACAUCGAACAUGAUCCGAAAGCACAAAUUGGCGCUAGAAUGGAUGUAAAUCAGUUAUAUUUGUUGAUGGGGAACGUAUCCAAGGAUGAGAACACCACGGAAGCACCGCUUGGCUUGCCACACACCGGGGCAGCCACUGCGCUCAUCAUUUUUGUGGUUAUCAUCAUUAUUUCGGUGACCAUUGUCGGUAACGUGUUGGUGAUUGUAGCGGUGCUGACCAGUCGUGCUCUCCGUGCGCCCCAGAACCUUUUCUUGGUCUCCUUGGCAUCAGCGGACAUCCUGGUUGCCACACUGGUCAUCCCCUUCUCCCUCGUCAAUGAGGUCAUGGGCUACUGGUACUUUGGGAGUACUUGGUGCGCUUUUUACCUGGCUCUGGACGUUUUGUUCUGCACCUCAUCCAUCGUGCACAUGUGCGCCAUCAGCCUGGACCGUUACUGGUCAGUGACAAAGGCGGUCAGCUACAACCUGAAGCGGACACCUAAGCGCAUCAAGUCAAUGAUCGCUAUAGUGUGGGUAAUAUCUUCUGUCAUCUCCUUCCCUCCACUCCUCAUGACCAAACAUGAUGAACGGGAGUGUCUGCUGAACGAUGAGACCUGGUACAUCCUCUCCUCGUGCCUGGUGUCCUUCUUCGCUCCGGGUCUCAUAAUGAUUCUAGUUUACUGUAAGAUCUAUAAGGUGGCCAAACAGCGCUCCUCCACCGUAUUCGUGGCCAAAAACGGUCUGGAGAGGCAGCCCUCACAGUCCGAGACAUGUUUCGUCAGGAAUGACCGGUUUGAGACGGAGAGCCCCAGCAGCCAGAGCUCCGGGAGUCAACAGAGGAGGCAGGGGGAGCUGGAUGACAUAGACCUGGAGGAGAGCUGCUGUCCGUCGGAUACUAAACCCCGCAAUCAUCGCUUCAACAAGCGGAGAAAGGUGGAGGGGUCAGAGUGCUGCCCGCCUCAGAACUGCCGUCUCUCCUGGGCUUCAGCCCGGGCGCUGCAGCUCCCCCCGGAGCAGAAGCACCCAGCUGCGCGACAACAGCUGGCCGCGGCCAACAAGACCAAGGUGGCUCAGAUGAGGGAAAAACGGUUCACCUUCGUGCUUGCUGUUGUGAUGGGGGUGUUUGUGCUUUGCUGGUUCCCCUUCUUCUUUACCUACAGCCUGCAUGCUAUCUGCAGAGAAAGCUGCUACAUCCCUGGUGCACUUUUCAACCUUUUUUUUUGGAUUGGCUACUGCAACAGUUCUGUGAACCCUAUAAUAUACACUAUUUUCAACAGGGAUUUCAGGAAAUCCUUCAAGAAAAUCGUAUGCAGAACUUCAAAACGCACUUAAGCAAAGGAAUCCUGUGGGCAAAAUGUUGCCACCAAUGGGCAAAAGGGGUUAUAUAUAAGAACUCAUUCUUCUUCUACUGACUGUGUUCCCUCCCCACAUUCAUUUUAAUAUAACUCGUCUGAAUACAAUGUGAAGUUGCAAAACAAAAGUACAGGUACAUGUUCAGUUCAUCACAUUUUUUUUAAUUCGAUGCAAGCAUGCAUCAAACAUGGUCAUGGUUAAUCAAUCAUUAGAUGCAUAUGACACAGUUGUAAUAUAUAGGUCAUUGUAUAAUAAGUCCUGCAACACGCACCUUUGAACAAGAAGUUCCUCUAUAAUGGAUCAAUAUUUCGUACUGCAGCAAGCCGGGGGAAAGAGCAACUUCAGGGUGAAAUUGAAGUCAUGAAUGUAGUUUAAAAUGCGUGAUUCCAGAGCUGGAGGCUGGUGCACAGGGUGUUUUGUGUAAAGAUAAAAAGAAGAUUACUCUCCAUCAUAUAAGAUAUGAGCAUGAGGAUAAGCAGGCUAGCAGCAUGCCUGUGCGUCAUGGGAAAAAAUAAAGAAUACAAUCCUAUGGUUUAAAUGAUUUAUGUUUAUUAUCAUGUGGUACAAAUUGGUAUUAUAACUAGUAUUUUUAGACACACAUGUAUUUAAACUUGCUGCUGUUUAAGCUACAGCGAGGCCAUUUCUUAUCAGUGAACCCCCAAACGUACAUAAGAGUAUAAUCUUAAACCCCCACCGCACCAUCACACCAGAACACAAUGUCCAAGCUGAGGCCUGUGUGUGCAAAAACAAUUUCAACACCUCACAAUACCUCAACAAGAUUAAGGCCAUGCAAGAUCCCAUUCUGCUACACAGCCUGAUUUUGGUUUCAUUCAUGUUACUGCAAGAAAAAACACAUUUCAGUAGAUUUCAUUAGCUGUAGUCAUACUCCUGAACAUGCCAGAGGACAGAUAUUGUCGCACAGAUAUUGUCAGAUAUUGUCAGAUAUUGUCAGAUAUUGUCAGAUAUUGUCCCACUUCCAUCAAACAUCAAAUCUCCUUGGUUGAAUACGAGAGCUUAAUAUCCACACGCCUCAGUCUGUAAUCCUUUGCUUUAUAAAGCUGUAUUAAAGUAAUCUACAUUAUUAAGAAAGCUAUGACAUACAUGAACAGGAAAUGUUUUGGUUGCUGCACAUGACUGUUUACCUCACAGGCUUGGUUGCUUCAUGAUGCAUCUGGGACCAAAACUGUAUUAUGUAAUGUGUUUUUUUUUUUUUUACGAAACAUGCAUGAGAAGUUCUUGUACUUUCUUCUGGAAAAAAAGUAGUGAAAAGAAGGCUGGCCAGCUCCAUAUCAGCCUAUUGUCUGCUUGGGGGUUAUGGAUAGAUACACUAUUUAUAUCCUCUUAGGAAUGUCUUCAAAGCAUCUUACGGCUUACUGGCGCCUGCCAAAGAUAAUCACCCUGUUUGAAGGGUGUUGUGCUUAAAAGGAAUUUUAAAGAAGGUUAAUGAAUUUGUUUCUGUGAAGUAUGCACAUAUUCAAGAGGGUGUUGUUAAAAUAUCACUAAAGGCAAAAAGAGUGAAGGUGUUGGUAUAUUUCCUAUUCCACUUGACAUUCCGCACUAUUUUAUUCAUGAAGAUUAUCAGACAGUCUGGGAGAGGUUAGAGGAAGGACAUGUUAUCUCAAAGGGACUCAUAAACUCUCUAAACAAAUUAAAUGUCUGGGUCGAGACACACUAACAGGAAGUAGUGAAAAAAGCAUUGUAUCUUCAUCUUGAACAAUUACUGGUAUGGAAGUGGUGUUAAUUGGAAAAUAUGUAAUUUGAAACUGUUGUGUAUAUGUUAAAUAAUGUCAUUUCUCUAGACAGCACUGUCAUUACUCUUAAAGCCUGUUGCAUUCUCUGAGGAGGAAAUAUUUACAUGAGUACUAUGUCAUUUUCUUCCCGAUUACCAUCUGACAAGAAGUCCAACUCCCUUGUUAAAUCUCACUUUCUAAUUCAAUUAGCUUUCCAAUCAUCUGCUCUGUUGCAGCAAAAUGAAACUGUCUUUAUGUUGUUUUCAGUUGGGUUUAAUCUCUCGAAGGAAUUUCUCGUGACACAGUUCAGCUCAGUUGCAUCUUUCCGACCAAAUUGAGAGUACUAACACGUAAAAACAGCAUAUCUUGUUAUGUAAUGGUUGUUCUCAAAUGCAGAUCUCUCACAACCCCCCACUAUUCAAGACAAAUGCUCUGUUAUUGUAUUAGUAUUCAAGAUAAAAUGAGUGUUGUUUGUAGUCUGUUUAUUUGGAGGCCUUAUUAUACCGAACUCUUUAUUCAUCCUAGACUGUAAACAAAGUGUGAGACUAUAGUUCAGGAAGAGAAAGCAGAGCUGUGACGCCCCCUAACCUCUCAAAUCUUAAUCCAAAGGCUUAAAGAGAGCGAAGAGAAAGAUGAAGGGAAAGUUUUAUUUUGGGCAGUUUUUUAAAGGAGGGUAGGAGUGGAUGGUCAGUGCAGACUGCCAGGGCUGUUGAGUACUGAAGGUAAUGCUAUUUGCAGUCACAUUUCCCCAAAGGAAAGAUGUUUAAAAUGUUUCAACAUCAGAGCAGCAUCUAAGGAUGAGAGAUGCUGAAGGAUGCCGAGAGCUGUUGUCCUCUGCUACGUUACCUUGUUUGUCAGGCACAAUGCUGCAUCUGCAGGUAAUUGCUUUUGUCAAUCGUCUCUAACAAGAUAAGGGUUGAAGGCGAGCAAGGCCAAAAGUGGCGUCAAUUCCAGGAAGCUGCGUAUCUUGAGAAGAAGAGCCAGUUUGUCAUUAGUGUAAAUCAGCUGGCGAUCACGUCCAGAGGGUGGGAUUGAGCUCACUCCGUCCAGGUCGUUCUAAGAAAUACAUACAGUACAGCCCCGUUAAACACAAUCACACUUGAGGUGUCAAAGGAAAUUAGAGAGCUGUGUGUUUGUAUUUCUGCAUGCACACAUCCUCGAAAUUAAGACAAAUAACUUUGACAGCCUUUGUAUUUUGAAGUAGAUAAACAAGCUGACCGAACUGAAAACUCUUGGUUUGGUUAAAACUAUUUUUAUUAAAAGGCUUAUUGGCUCAACAUUGUUCAAACAAACUGAAACUGAAGAAACAACUUUGUGUAGUAGUUGAUUAUUUGUGGUGCGUUGGAAAACCUAUUGACUUAGAGUGUAACCAUGGACACCUAAUCCAUAGACCUUCCUCCUCAUGUUGUUUUGCUUGAAUUCCUGCAUUAGGCACACAAAUAUUCAGGAAAGUGUAGUUUUUCAAAGGGAGAUGUGGCUGUGUCUAUUUGUUUAUCACAAUUUGUUCAUUCCUGAAUGAGCAUUGUAUAUUUAUUUUAGAAAAAAAAAAGUGUGCAAAAUAUUUCCAUCCAAUCUCAUUCUACUUUAUAUUCAAGUCUUUGCAGUUUCAACAUAUUCACAAUGUUUCCACUACAUACAGAAUUGAGUGUGAUGAAAGGACGACAGAAAACAGAUGGUGCCAUUCAGAAAAACAUGUGUAUUGUAGACAUUAAGGCUUCUGUUUUUCCCGAUCAUUGUAUUGCUGUUGUCUGUCUUUAAAAAUCAGUGAAUAUAUAGUAUCCAUCCCCACACACUCUAUUCCAUAAAGUCAAUGUGCUUUCUCAGCAGUUUGUGUGAUAAUAAAACUCCUUUCAUUUCUAGCAGGCAUUUGCAGGCAAUAUUUAAAUCCAAAGUAAACCUUUGUGAUUAA